GGGCAAUGGAAUAAAGCAGCGAAAUUAUUGAAAUAGAGUCAAAGACAGGGGGUUCAACUUUGAAAACUGACCAGUACUCCAAAAGUCCAAGCCGGUAGCCUCAGACAGAUCGCAGACCUACUACGGUUCUACCAACCAGAGUCCCUGCACAAAACGCCAUCACGCACAAUCAACACCCCAAAAGCAUGCAUUUCCCUCUCCCUUGUCUUUACUUCUUAUUUAUUCAUUAUCUUGCGUUGCGUUGGACGGUGUGGUUUUUCUUCCAUUUGUCCCAUUCUAGAAGGACAUACCCGGCUUUUAAACGACUUUGCUCUAUCAUUCUCUUUGAUGGAUUGACCUCGAUCACAAGCAGUUGAUUUCUUGAUCAAGAAUCGAUCAGUUUCGCUCCAGUCGUGUGUUUCUAGCCGUUUAUUUGAUUUCUGAUUAAUAAAAUUUAUUGGGUAUUGGGGGAUUCUUUGCAAUUUUACCAUUUGAGCUUUUCUUGAUUGCUUCCCUGCCUGUAGUGGUGUGAGACAGCAUGGGAGGGAUUUGUUCUAAGAGUUCUAGUAGAGGGAAGGGGCAUCAGAAGGUGAGUGACAAAAGGAACGGCCAUGAUGAGACUUACAAGGCAGCUUCAGGUCGCCGGUCAGACGUGGAGAGCAAAUUGGCUCCACCCCGGCAGUCAAUGGAAAGCAUGAAAAAGCAACUGGAGGAGUCGAAGCAAGUUAAGGAAAUCCUUUCGUAUCCUGAUGUGGGCACAGCUCAGUUGUAUGGUACUAACGCUGAAGAUUUCUACGAUGGUAUUCCUCGCUUUCAAAUCCUCAAGUCUCAAUCUGUUAGGUCUAAGCCGGCAGCAGUGGCUAAGGUUUCAGAGGUUAGUUCACGUUUGGGAAGAGCUGGUACUGUUGGACUGGGAAAAGCAGUGGAAGUUCUGGAUACACUGGGAAGCAGCAUGACAAAUUUUAAUGCUAACGGUGGAUUUGUUUCUAGCGUGGUGACUAAAGGCAAUGAACUGGAAAUUUUAUCUUUUGAAGUAGCGAAUACAAUUGUUAAAGGUUCCAGUCUCAUGCAGUCUCUUUCAAGAAGAAGUAUAAGGAAUUUGAAAGAAGUAGUACUUCCUUCCGAAGGUGUGCAAAAUCUUGUAUCAAAAGAUAUGGAUGAACUUCUAAGGAUUGUUGAAGAUGACAAGAGGGAGGAGUUGAAAAUCUUUUCAGAUGAAGUAAUUCGUUUUGGAAACCGUUGUAAAGAUCCCCAAUGGCACAACAUAGACCGCUAUUUUGAGAAAGUUAGCAGAGAUCUUACUCCUAAAAGGCAAUUAAAAGACCAGGCAGAGUCUGUUAUAGAGCUUUUGAUGAAUUUGGUUCAGCAUACGGCUGAGCUAUACCACGAGUUUCAAGUGUUGGACAGAAUUGAACACAAUUAUUAUUGUAAGAGGCUGGAGAAUAGUUCAGGUGACAACCUUGUAAUCAUAAGAGCUGAACUAAAGAAACAAAAAAAGCAAGUAAAAAGUUUGAAGAAAAAAUCGCUUUGGUCCAGAAGUUUGGAAGAGGUGAUGGAGAAGCUCGUGGAUAUUGUACACUACAUACUCUUGGAGAUACACAAUACCUUUGGCAGUGCUGAUAGUUCAACGCCAGUUAAAGAAUCUGUGAGCCAUCGUCAAAGACUGGGACCUGCUGGCCUUGCUUUGCAUUACGCGAAUAUAGUUAUGCAAAUCGACACUCUUGUUGCUCGUUCAAGUAAUAUGCCUUCCAAUACACGAGAUGCGUUAUAUCAGAGCUUGCCGCCUAAUAUAAUAUCAGCUCUACGCUCCAAGAUACAAUCUUUUCAUGUGAAAGAAGAGCUCACUGUUGAAGAGAUCAAAGACGAGAUGGAGAAGACUUUGCGGUGGCUUGUUCCUGUUUCCACCAACACAGCCAAAGCCCAUCAUGGAUUUGGCUGGGUCGGGGAGUGGGCAAAUACAGGGACUGAGGUGAACCGGAAGCCUUCUGCUGGUCCAAUGGAAUUGGUUAGGAUUGAAACUCUUUACCACGCAGAUAAGGAGAAAACCGAUGCGCAUAUUUUUGAAUUAGUAUUAUGGCUUCACCAUCUUGCUAGCCGUUCCAAAGCUAAUGCCAAAACUGGUGCUGUCAAGUCGCCUCUCAGGUCUCCAGUCCAGACGGCAGUUUCGAAGUCAAAUCAGCAGCGGAAAGAGAAGUCUACAUAUGCACCUUCCGUAAGCUCGGAAGAAGAACAAUUGUUGCAGGAUGCAAGUAAGAGAAAAUGGACCUCGAGGCCACAAAUUAGUAAGAGUGUGGACUUUGACACUGAAAAGAAAAGGUUGAGGAAGAGAGAUAGACUGAGCAAGAGUUGUAGCUACUCUCAGGAGAGGGAAACGAGGGAAUCAGCCACUAUUCAAAGGCUUCCUUCUGGUGUUCCGAUCUUUGGCAUGGGGAAGGAGAAAGCAUUAGAUGCCAUUGACAGAGUCAAUGUACCCAGAUAAACUACAGACACAGCAUCUAAAAUUCCAGUUGGGUUCAUCUUGGACUCUUCUUAUGUAUGUAUAGGUUGCAUUAUAUACCAAUAUAUGAGCAAACUCUGGUGCAGACAAUGUUGUGUGAUAUAUAUCAUUUGGGUGGACAACAGGUGUUGAAGCUUUUGCUCCUAGUGAUCUCUGAGACAGUAAAUGAUGGCCAAAAGAGCAUGUAUAAUCACAUUCAGGUUCAGGUGAUGCCAUGGGACUUAUUCUAGAGAGACUAAUGGUAUAUGAGAUUUGGUGUGCAUAGAUUUUCCUUAGUUUUGUAAUUAUUGUAUUUGUAUAGGUGACAUGGCUUCAUUUUUUAUUUAUUUAUUUUGCUAUAUACAUUUUUUU